CAAAGCGUUUUCUAACGCAGAUUUAUUUGCAGAAAGUUAAUUUUGAUGUUUGCAUGUUUUGAAGACUUUUUCAACUGUAUAUAGUUUGUUUUUCCAUCUGCGAAAAUGAGAACAGUUUUAAUGGUUGCUGAAAAGCCAUCGCUGGCACAAUCAAUAGCCAAGAUUCUUUCAAAAGGGAACAUGACGACUCGAAAAGGGUCGAACAGUGCGUGCUCCAUUCACGAAUAUCGGUCUACGUUUCCUCCAACGAACGAGCCAGCAACUUUUAAAAUGACAUCAGUCUGCGGCCAUGUGUUUGGUCUAGAUUUUAUUGGAAAGUAUAAUAACUGGGAUAAAGUAGAUCCAGUGGAGCUGUUUCAUGCAACCACCCAGAAAAAGGAGGCCACAGAAAAGCUGCACAUGCCUGCAUUCUUACAAAAAGAAGCCAGAGGUGUUGACUACCUGGUUCUGUGGCUCGACUGUGACAAAGAAGGCGAGAAUAUCUGCUUUGAGGUCAUCGACUGUGUGAGAGGUGUCAUGAAUAGGAAUGUGUCAUCUGAGCCCAUUUACAGGUCGCACUUCAGCGCCAUAACAGACACAGACAUACGCAAGGCAAUGAACAACUUGGGGAGACCCAACAAGAACGAGGCAUUGUCAGUGGAUGCUAGGCAGGAGCUGGACCUGCGUAUCGGCUGUGCCUUCACCAGAUAUCAGACAAAGUUCUUCCAGGGCAAGUAUGGUGAUCUGGACAGCACCCUUAUCUCCUAUGGCCCCUGUCAGACACCCACACUGGGCUUCUGUGUAGACAGGCAUGACAAGAUACAGUCCUUCAAACCAGAGCCCUACUGGGUCAUACAAGUACAGGUUACUUGUGAGGGGACAGACAGGUCCUUCAACCUGGAUUGGGAACGAGUGCGGCUGUUUGACAAGGAGGUGGCUCAGAUGUUUGUGGGCAUUAUCAAGUCAGCGGACAAUGCCAGAGUCACAGAUGUAACGAAGAAAGAGAAGUUAAAAGCUCGGCCGCAGGCUUUAAACACAGUGGAGAUGCUGAGAGUAGCCAGCUCUGGCUUAGGUAUUGGUCCCCAGCAGACAAUGCAGAUAGCAGAGAGGCUGUACACCCAGGGCUACAUCAGCUACCCCCGCACGGAGACCACUCAGUAUCCAGAGAACUUUGACCUCAUAGAAGUACUACAGCAGCAACAGAAUCACCCAGACUGGGGCAGUGCUGUGAAAACACUACUGAGGGAAGGCAUACAGAAACCUAAGAAGGGUACAGAUGUUGGGGAUCACCCCCCAAUCACUCCUAUGAGGUCAGCCACAGAGAGCGAGCUGGGACAUGACUCCUUCCGCCUCUAUGACUACAUCACCAGACACUUUAUUGCCACGAUCAGUCCGGACUGCAAGUACUUGCAGACGACAGUAUACUUUGAUGUGGGUGGGGAACACUUCUCAUUCACUGGGAAGCAGCUGCUGGAUCCUGGCUACACAGGUGUCAUGACGUGGCAGGCCAUCACUAGCGAUGAGCGGGUACCGGACUUUCGGAAGGAUCAGCUGUGCCCAGUACAAGAUGUGAAGAUGGUGGAGAAGCAGACCUGCCCCCCGGACUACCUCACAGAGUCUGAGCUGAUCACACUCAUGGAGAAGCAUGGCAUAGGCACGGACGCCAGUAUACCUGUCCACAUCAACAACAUCUGCGAGCGCAACUACGUCCAAAUCAUUGCUGGCCGCAAACUGAAGCCCACUACGCUGGGCAUAGUUCUGGUGCAUGGUUAUCAGAAGAUCGAUCCAGACCUAGUUUUGCCGACGAUGCGUUCGGCAGUGGAGCAGCAACUGAACCUGAUAGCAGCGGGGAAGGCAGAGUAUGAGUCAGUCCUGCAGCAUGGCAUCAACAUCUUCCAUCUGAAGUUCAAGUACUUUGUACUGAACAUCUCUGGAAUGGAUGAGCUUUUUGAGGUCUCGUUUUCACCGCUUUCUGCGUCUGGGAAGAAUUUGGCACGAUGUGGGAAAUGUCGCCGCUACAUGAAGUACAUUCAGGCCAAACCGAGUCGCCUGCACUGCUCCUCGUGUGACGAGACCUACACGCUGCCUCAGAACGGCAACAUCAAGCUGUAUAAGGAGCUCAAGUGUCCCCUCGAUGACUUUGAGUUGGUACUGUGGACUACAGGGGCACGUGGGAAGACAUACCCCUUGUGUCCGUACUGCUUCAACAACCCCCCGUUCAAGGACAUGCGCAAGGGUAUGGGGUGCAGUGAGUGCACACAUCCGACGUGUCAGCACUCCCUGGCGCACACAGGCGUGUCUGAGUGUGUGGAGUGUGAGAAUGGUGUGCUAGUGCUGGACGUCACGUCAGGGCCCAAGUGGAGAAUGGCCUGUAACAAGUGCAAUGUGGUGAUCAACUUUUUUGAGAAUGCUCACAAGGUUGGGGUCUCUGAAGACACUUGUGAAGAAUGUGGCUCCAAUCUGCUUGAGGUUGACUUCAGUAAGGACAAAACCCCAUUGGAGGAUGGCAAUACUCAGCACACAGGCUGUGCAUUCUGUGACAAGAUACUUAAAAACCUCGUGGAGAAACAUCAUGCCGUCAUGAGAACAAGGUCAUCCGGAGGAAACAGGGGGCGGGGUCGAGGGAGAGGGCAUGGCAGGGGGAGGGGAAGGGGGCGGGGCAAGCCUAAGGACAAGAUGGCUCAACUUGCUGCAUACUUUGUGUAGUGGUUGAUGUUUGGGGGUAUACAGGGAGGCUUGUUGGUGUAGAAUAGUCAGGAAUUGAUCACCGUCAUGGUAUUGACCAAACAACAAUUGUCAAUCAUUAUCUCUUUCAAAUGUUGGUUUUAUUUUUUAAUGCCUGAAAUAUUUGGGCCAAGACACUUUAUUUCAGAUGGUAUGCCAUGCGUAUCUAUGUUCUAAGAGUUAUUAUACAUAUGUAUGAGGAUAUGCACCAGACAUCAUUUAAAUAUUAAAAAGAACAAAAGGCCAUGAGUUUAAAAUAGUGAAAGCAGGAUAAAUGUCUCUUGUUUACUGAGCUUCCCUUUAUUGAUAUCUAUCCGCCUAAAUUAGUGCCUUAUGGUUUUCACUAUAAGCUCCAAACUUUUCAUAUAAGCUAUAGCUGUUAAAUAUUUGAGCAUAAAGUAUUAUGUGUAUGAGUGAUAUCUCUUUUGCACUGCACUUUAACCCAUGAGUUAUAUCUACCUUUAAAGUUUCUAGUUGAUGCUUUUUAUGAGGAUUCAAGACAUGCGUGUGGAAAAUGUAUGAAUUAACAUUUACAAUGGGCAAUGACUGUAAAUAUAUGGAUGGAGCAAUACGGCCCUUGCUAAGUGCAUGUACCCACAAUUAGAUUUAGAUGUAUCUAACUAAAUUGAUGCCUCAUUUUUUUCCAAUAUGUCCCUGACAAUAAUAUGUUAUUAUAAUUAGUAUUAUUAUAAUAUUAUUGAACAAACGUGAAGAUAUUGAAGCAAGAGUUUUAAAUAUUAAAACAAACGGAAUUACAAAUCCAUCUUUGUCUAUCUGCAUACUGUUUAUUAUGUCCUUACUUUUAAGUAAUUAUGUAUACAAAUGAGAUGAUCUAUUUUUACAAUUUGUUGUAAGGUAUGGUUAAAACAGUAAACAUUUUGACUGUUUUACCACUAAAUCGCGUGUGACAAGCUCUCUAGUAUACCUAUACCGUAGCUAUUUAUUAUUUUUAUUAUAUGCUAUGAGUAUUAUAUUAUUAGCCGAUGCGUCGGGAAAUAAUGACAUUUUUUAACUCUGAUUAUCACAAAUGAAUGACAUUUUGCAUGCUAGAUGUAAGUAGCCCGCAUGUUAUGAGACUGAUAGUAACUGUUCAUCAUUAUGUGAAAUAGCACACUAUACUUAUAGUAUACUUCGCGUUAAAAAAACUGAUAUGUUUUUUAUAUUAUUUAUAAUAUUAUCAUUCAAUACUCUAACUAUACUAAAGAGACACUUCAUCAAUUU